GAUGCAAGCAUUUUACACCUCUUUUCACCUGCUAUGUGGCUCUACACAGUAACAUAUUGAAACCAAGAUGACUUCUGAGGAAAAACCAGUGGAACUUCUUCCUAUUGAUAUUCACUAUAACAAAUUACUGGAUUGGCUAAUAAGUAGACGGCAUUGUAACCACCAAUGGCAGGCUUCGGCUCUUUUGAUUCGUGAAAAAAUAAAUAAUGCAAUUCAAGAUAUGCCUGAACAGGAGGAAAUAACCACACUUCUGACUGGGACAUACAUAAACUAUUUCCACUGCAAAAGAAUUGUAGAACUGCUGAAAGAAACUGAGAAGAGCACAAAGAACAUCUUUGGGAGGUAUAGUUCUCAAAGGAUGAAGGACUGGCAGGAAAUUGUUUCUAUGUAUGAAAGUAAUGGAGUUAAUCUUGCCGAAGCAGCUCAAAUGCUUAUGAGGAAUGUGAACUAUGAGAUCCCCUCCUUAAAGAGACAGAUAGAAAAGUGCCAGAAAGCACAGCAGGAAUGUACAAGAAAAGAGUCAGACUAUGCAUCACAAGCUGUGGAACAGAGAGAAAAAUUCUAUGCUUCUUGUAAACACAUGGGAAUAGAGGGAAAGCGAGUGAAAACAGAACUGGUAGCAUUGGUAAAAGAUCUUCCUGCUGUGUUAGAGGGUGUGGCAACUGUAUGUAAAGAACUACAACCAGCCAUGGAUUACUACAAGGCUUUUAUAGACUUUACUCUUGAUAGGUCAGAUUUUUCAGUCCUACCACUCCUUGGCCAUGUGGUAGACAAAGGUAACAGCACAGUGUAUGAGUGGAGGACAGGAAACAAGCCAGACACAGUGGAAGAAAUCACAUUUAAUUAUGUUGUGGAAGAUGAGGAAGUGAUAGGGGAACAGGAGGAUGUGGAGAUUGACUGGGGAGAUCCAGUGCUUGAUACAGGAGGGGACUCCAUUGACUUUGGGGAUGAUAUAGCAAUAGAAGUGAGUGCAGAAGGGAGCGCAAUCGACUGGGGGGCUGGCGAUGUCACUGUGGAGAGUAGCUCAGAACAGGAGGGUAACACAGCCAAAGGUCCAGAUGCCAUUACAGUGCUGGAUGCACCUUCCACUAGGAAUCUGUUUGUUGAUGACUUAAUGGAGUUGGAGUGCUUCCUUAAACAACGUCUGUCCGAGACCAAAUCAGAGUCCGACUUCCUAUCCAGCAGCCAAUUCCAGAAUGCCCCGCCCUCGGUCCAAGUGUCCGCGGACCAACUGACCAAUAUGAAGAACAGAGUGACCGAUAUCGUCAGCCAGAUGACAUCCAAUAAGAUGAGGGAAUUGUUUAUGAUUAGGAGCUCACCAAGGUACGUAGAUCGCCUUGCUGAGCAGUUAAAGAGUGUCUUGUCGAUGUCCGAGAAGAUGGAGGCGUCCAAGAGGCUGAUGGUUCAGAAGAGGGCCGAGGCACUGGAAGAACAGAGAGCCACAGAGCCCAAAGUGGGGCUGAUCAGAGAGAAGACAAAAAUAUUGCAGAAGCAGAUAGAGAAAGAGAUCUCCAAAAAAUAUCAGAACAGGCCAGUCAAUAUAAUGGGAGAGAUCAACACAAUAUGAAGGAAUGCCAACAGCCAGUUUAUUGGUUAGAGAAAUAUGGUUCUGAAACCACAGUCACAGUUACCUUAUAAAAAUUUUAUUUAUUUUGCUUCCAGUAAAAAGGUACAUUUCUGUAUCAGAUUGCACUGUACAGUAAGUAUUGAACAUAGGUGUGAUAUGGACCUUUCAGAUGUGAGCUCAGCAUGUUUGAACUGAGAGGAGGCAUACGUGGCACAAAAGGUCUGAAAUUGCCACUUCAAAUAAAACCUUGCCACAAAAUAAAAUAGGAAGCAUUGACUAUUUGGUGACAAUGGUCUGGGAACCAAACAAUUGUUUUCUUUUGAUUCUCACAUCAUUUAGAUCUUUAUAAAACAAAGACUGUUCUCAUGGUGUAAUGGACUGUAUGCUGUCAUUAGAAGUCUGUAUUAUGUGCUGAAUAUACAAGAAAUCUAUUGUUUUAAUAUGACAGUUAUCUUUGUGGUGGCAUGAAAUGAACAUUCCAUAUUCAUAGCGUUUUCUUUGCCUGUUAAGAUAAAUAUGGCAUUCAAUAUCACGA